AUGUCAUUAUCCGAACUCGGUUCAGAAUAUGGUGAAUCAUUAUUUGAUCAUUCCCCCUCUUCGCCGAGUUCAUCAAGUAAUGAAAUAGUCGAAUCAAGACACGGCGGAUCAAUACCAUUUUCACCUGGGUCUCCUGAAUCGAGACCUGGCGGCUCAGUACCAUCUACACCUCAAUCCCCACUACCUUCUUCUUCUUCUCCCGCCAUCGGUGUUGAAGAAAUAAGACCUAGAAGAAGUCUCGAUCAUUCGUUCGAUGUAGCACAAAGUGAUCACAGUGGUAUCACACGAAUACUAGAUGAACGGGGAGCUUCUCGAGAUAUUUCCAAUGUUGAUGUCAAUGUAAACACCGACCAUAUUAGCAGCGAUGCUGCAUCUUCAAGACCAUCAAGAAAUCCAGUUAGAAGAAAUACGAUUGUCGAAAUUGAUGAUGACAGUGAUGAUGAUAUAGUAUUUACUGGUGAAAACAUAAAUCCAAAUCCAGAUCCAAAUCCAAAUCCAAAUCCAAAUCCAGUACCCAACAUAAAUCCUUUACCACCUUCUGCUGCUGCUAAUCCUGCACUAGCAUUGAAUCCAAAUGCACCGCGUUUCUUGUUAGAUAGGAGUCGAAGAUUGCCACGAUCUGAUGAAGAUAGAAUUGAUGCUGAGAGAGAUAGAGAUAGGGGGGGAAGGCCCUCGCCCGAUAGAUUUAGAAGAAUGAUGAACGAAAUUGAUCAACUCAUUGAACGUCGUCGUGAAGCUCAUGAUGCAAUUGUCUUAGAUCAAGAAGAUGAACGAAGAAGGGUUGUCCUUUCUCCCCCAGCUUCGGCUCAACUACCACCCAGGCCUCGUAUCGGAUUGGGUGGAGGAGGCUUAUAUCGUCGUGGCGGCCAACCCCCAGCGGCGGCUGCAGCUGUCGACCCUCGUAUCCCAAUACCAGGUUCAGCAUAUGAAGGAAACGAUAUAGAGAAUAAUCCGGGUGGCAACAGAAAUAGAUAUAUGCUCAAUCGAUUGAUAGGAGCUAGAGAUAGACCUGCAAAUGGGAAUGGAAAUUUCGGUUUUCUCAAUAUGCUAAAUGGCGGGGAGGGAUUGGAAAUACCAGAUUUCAACCAUAUGGCAAGAUUAGAAAUAUUGAUCGCGCGUGGUAUGGGUCAACCAGGUGCAGGUCCAGGUCUAGGUGCAGGUCCAGUAGGUGGUUUGAGACAAGAAGACGUUCAAAGCAUAUUAUCAAAAGUUGAAACUCCAAAAUAUCCAAAACCAUUUGAAGGUUUUGCGAGUGAUUUCGAUAUGGAUAUGAUAAUAUCAAAAGAACCUAUUGAGUUAGACGAUGAAGGGAAUAUCAUCGUUAAAACUUCUCAUCAACCAAACACCAAUACGAAUGGUGGAAAUGGUAAAACAAAAACAAAAACAAAAACAAAAACAAAAACACAUUUGAUAUGUUCGAAUUGCCCUAAUCCAUUGUUAGUUUCUUCAGCUUAUAGAUCACCUGAAGAUAGAAUUUGGUCAUUAAGAUGUGGUCACUUAAUUGAUCAAAAAUGUUUAUCUAUCUUACAAACUCCUAAAACACAACUUCAAAUCAGUUCAGUCGAGAAACACGAUGACGACAACGACAAUAACACCCAUAACGAGAAUGGAGGAGAUCAUCAUUUCCAACCAAAAAAAAGGAGGCGAACACCGAAGAGAAAAGUUAGAAAAGUGGAAGAAAAGAAGCUUGAUGAAUAUACUUGGUUUUGUCCAGUGGAAGGAUGUGAAAAACCACAUAAAAGUGUGGAUGUAGGUGGCAUUUGGAUGAAUAAAGAAGGUGAAGGUGCAUUGGCUGUUUACGCGUGA